AAAGAGGAGCUGCUACAGUCAGCACACAUCCCUGUCUGGUCAUGUUCCCUUCCAAGUCCACUGCUAUGGCACUGGCGAUUCUUCAGGACUGGUGUGGGUGGAUGGGUGUCAAUGCCCAGCGUUCACUGCUUAUCCUGGGCAUCCCUGAUGAUUGUGAGGAAGACGAAUUCCAGGAGGCUGUGCAGGCUGCCCUCAGGCCCCUGGGCAGAUACCGAGUGCUUGGCAAGGUCUUCAGAAAGGAGAUAGGGGCAAAGGUUGCUUUGGUUGAAUUCGCUGACAAUUUGAACCAAAGUUUGAUCCCCCGACAAAUACCAAGUGAUAGGGGGCCCUGGUCUGUGAUCUUCCUGCCUCAGGUCCCUGAUAUCGAGUUACAGGGUACAUUCAAUUUCCCUGCACAGGCUCAUGGGCAAGCUUUGCAAGGGGCUUCAGGUGGGGCAGGGGCUUCAGGUACAUCAGGGACUGCAGUUGAGGAAGGAGAUGGAGGUGAGACAGGGAAUGUGGGUGAGGCAGGAGGAGCAGCUGAGGAAGGCGCUGAGGAUGAGGCAAGAGUGUCGGAGGAGGAAGGAACAGAGGGUGAGGAAGGAGGAGCGGGUGCAGCCCCUCCUGCCUCCUUCCUACAGGAGGAAGGAGCUGCAGCUGAGGCAAGAGUGUCAGACAAGGAAGAGACAGAGGGUGAGGAAGGAGGAGCAGGUGAGGCAGGAAGAACAGCCGAGGAAGAAGCUGCAGCUGAGGCACGAGUGUCAGAUGAGGAAGGAGCAGAGGCUGAGGGAGGAGUUAUAUAUGAGGCAGGAGUAAUAGAUGAAGCAAGACUGUCAGACGAGGGGGCUAUGGAUGAGGAAGAUGAUGUAGUUGAGGCAGGGGCUGCAAGAAUGUCUGAUGAGGAAGGAGCUGGAGGGGACAUGGGGGUUGCAGGUGUUAUAGGAGCUAUGGGUUGGGUAGGAGCUGCAGGUGAGGUAGGAGCUGCAGGAGAAGGAGGCGUUUUAGAGGCAGGAGCAGGUGAUGAUGGGUCUGCAGGUGAAGAGGGGUCUGUGGGUGAUGAAGGGUCUGGGAGUGAUGAGGGGUCUGCAGGGGAUGAAGGAUCUGUGGAUGGUGGAGGGGCUGUGGGUGAAGCAGGAGCUGUAGGUGAGGCAAGAAUGUCAGAUGAGGAGGGAGCUGCAGGUGACAUGGGAGUUGCAGGCAUUAUAGGAGCUGUGGGAUUGGCAGGAGCCGCAGGUGAGGCAGGAGGUUCAGGUGAGGAAGGGGCCUUUGAUGUGGCAGGAGGGGCACAUGGGGCUGGAGCCUGGACCCAGCAGUGGAGCCAAGCCCUGCAGCCCAUCCUGGAAAACAUGGCCUACCAGGAACUGAGACACUUCUCUGGGAUGGAAGAGCCCGGCUCUGGGGGUCAGUCUUUCGAGAGCUGGCUGGACCAUGCCAAUGACAUGCUAUACCUGUGGCGCCACAUAUCCGAGAGGGAGAGGCGGCGGCGGCUGGUGGAGAGCCUGGGGGGCCCUGCCCUGGAUCUCCUGUGUGAGCUUCUGGAAGAACAUCCAGAUACCCCUGCACAGGACUGCCUGGCUGCACUGGUGCAGGUGUUUGGCAACAAGGAUACCGUGAUGACCGCCCGGCUGAAGUUCCUGACUUGCUCCCAGCGGCCUCAGGAGACCCUCUUUGCCUAUGUGAUGCGCCUGGAAGGUCUGCUGCAGAUGGCCCUGGAGAAGGGGGGCAUCCAGCCUGCAAUGGUGGAUCAGGCGAGGGUACGGCAGGUGCUGAUGCGGGCCAGGCCCAACCAGAUGCUGCAGAACACCCUGAGGAGGUUGCGGCUGGAGAGGCGGCCACCUGGCUUUGUGGGGCUGCUCAGGCUUGUCCGGGAGACUGAGGCGUGGGAGGCAGCUCUGGCUGAAAAUGCGGUGGUCCCAGUGGGGGAAGGGGUGGAAGUGCAUGGUGGAGAGCUGGAUGUGGCCCAGGCUGCCCUUGUCAGUGUUGGGGGUGCUGAGCCUGCCCCUGCUGUUAGAGAGGCUCUGCCAGCUGGUGAAGAUGCUGGCCAGGCUGCUGCUGCUGUUCUUGAGCAAGCUGCUGGGCCUGCUCCUGAUAGUGGUGGUGCCAUAAAGGCAGGCCCUGACUCUGAUGAGGCCAAGGUCUUCCCUGUCACCCAGAGAGAUGAAGAUGUGUUGGCCCCUACUGGCUCAGGCCAGGCGAGGCCCACUGAGGGCCCAGGUGUGCCUGAGAGCUUGGCCCGUACAGGAGAUCAAGAAGUAGAGCAGCCCUAG